AUGGCAGCUUUUGUGAAAGACAGCGCGAGCCUCUUUCCAAAUUUAAAUCUACAAAGUCCUGCCUAUCAGGUUACUAACCUGCAGAAUUCGCUUUGGGAACCACCUGAAUAUCCAGAGUCUGAAAAUUUCGGAUUGAAUUUUUACUUAACACCUGCAAAAUGUGUUACAAGAGAAUUUCAGUCCCAAGCACUUGGUAAAUCACCAGAGUCGGUCGAUCCACAACUAUUUUCAUUUGAUUCUAACUUGAAUGUUGAAUUACUUAAAAAGAAUUUUGAUGAAAAAGUUAAACUGGCACCUCCUUUGGCCUCUAUUUAUCAAAAGAAUGUUCCUCAUUUUCAGAUAGAUUCAAGACCCGCAGUUUCUUCCUUAGAUUCCAAUCAAUUAAAAUACUUAACUGUUACAAUUAAUGACCUUACAUCAUCUGCCGAGAUUAUUGAACCAAUUAUUGUUUCCUGCUUCCUUUACGAUAUCGAUCUUAAUAAGCGUGUCUCAGAAACUUGGCGCUUCGUUCCGAAAUCAUUACAGAAUCUUCCAAACUGCAAAGAACUUAUCUCCAGAAACAUUCUAAGCGCUCCAGAUUCUGUGUCAUUUCCAUUUACGCAAACCUUCGGUCAUAGUCGAAUUCUUUUCAUUGCAUCUCUUGAUCGUCUCCUUGUCAAAGAUGGCGGCUCAUCUCUUGAGAAAUAUAUCAACAAGCCAUCGAAUUCAACCAAGAAAACUGCACUUGAAGACAUUAAGAAAUGUAAUCAAAAAGAUACAUCGCAAACAUUUGCAUGGUGCCAUCAAUCGUUUGCAGAGCUCAUUCCACAAUCUGACUCUGGAAACAAAUUAUUUACCAAUUUUGUUCCCUGCACAACUCUUGAUAACGAAUUUCUUGGAAAGGAAUUCACAAAUGGAGUCUCAAAAUCAAAAGAUAAGGCAUUACCAUUUACCUUGUCACUCAAUGUUUAUGCACAAGAUAAAGGAUCCCUCAAAUUACAGCAUUUUUACCGAUUCGCUCAUUCACAACCAUAUCGUACAUUCGAGAACAAAUUGUUCUUAAACUUAAAAUCCGCAAGAUUCAAAAAACCACGCAAUCAUAGAAUGAUCAGAAACGCUGUCAUUGUAAUCAAAAUACUCUCCGAUGGAAAAGAAUUACCUUUAUUUAAUGGCUCAGAGAAAUAUGUUUCCAGAGUUCAUUACCAUGAAGACCAUCCCAACUUCCAUGAUGAGGUAAUCAUUAAUCUUCAAUUGGAGAUGCCUCCAGAGCCAAUUCUCGAGUUCUCAAUUUACCAUGCAUCUGUCAAGCCUGGAGCUGCAACUUCUCUCGAAUUAUGUGGCAAGGCAACUUAUCCUUUGUUCAAAGAUGGAACAGUCAUUGCAGAUGGCGACCACACAACAUACAUUAACUAUGGUCCAGAUAAUCCAUUCGAUCAGAUCGAUAGCAAUGCAAUUUGUUUCUCGACUGAGUUAUUUUCAAGCUACUACUCAUCAAAUCCAAACAUCAACAAAAUUCUCAAUGGAAAUUACGAUAUCCAAACUCCACAGCUCCAAGAUUUGCAUCCUUACAUCUUCGCCGUUCUUGAUUCGAUUUUACAAGCCAUUGAAAAAGAAACGCCAAAUGCAUUUCAAUGCCUCAUGGAAAUCCUCAGCCUAUAUCCAGAUGAGAGAAACCAUGCAAGCAACGCCAAUCUUAUUUUCUACGUGACUUUUUGCGCAUUACGCUGGCCAUCCCAAAACUUCUACAAGCAUCUUGCUUCUCAGUGGCUUGAGCAUACUAAAGCCUCCAAAGAUAAAGUCCGUCCAGAUAUAGUUGCCUCAUGGUUCUUAUUUGAUUUAAUCAUCAAAUCUCUCUCAAUUACAACAUCAAAGCUCGAUCUUACAGAUAUUAUUAAGCUCUGUACCGAGCUCACAAAUUCAAUGUCUGCAUAUCGUGAAAAAUAUGUUAAAGCAGGAACAAACCUUAACAUCUAUAUGUCACUUUUCUUCAAGGACAUUAUAGAAGUUUCAAGCAGGCCAAUUGGUUUCCAGUUACUCCAAAAACAUUUGAGCGUCCUUAAUCUCGAAAAACAUCUUUUCGAUCGUGCAUGCUUCAGAGAUGUCUUGAUUAACAUCUUAACACCAAAGAUCUUUUUGCUCAGCCUUGUCAAUAUCAAUGAGAAAGAAACAUUCCUUGACAAGUACAUUGUUGGCGGUAUUGCACAAGCUCUUCAAAAUGAUCAACAUACAAACAUGGUUUUCCAUACAUUGUUCGAUCUGCUUUCCCAAUUUAAUGAAAAGCAACAUAAAUUCAUAUUCAAGAAGCUUUUCAGCAUACUUUCCGCUAUUUGCAACAAUGUCAAUGUUCUUAAAGGCUACUCAAGUGGCGUUAACCGUGUUUACGUCUUUGCAUUUGUUCAAUACGUCUUGAUGUACGUAAUUCAAGAUGGAAAGAUAGAGCACAAGCCUGAAUGGUGCAAGAUGAUUGCAUUUAUGCUCUUGAAUGCAAAGCAUUUCAAAGAUAGCCAGAGAGAUACACUUAUCAGAGAAUUUGAGAAGAGCGACAAUACAAUUGAAGAUCUCACAAAGAAAGUUCUUGGCGGAAUCAACGAACUUUCAAGCACAGGUUCAACAGCUAGCAAACCAGGUGCAAGAAGAUUCACUUCAAUCAAGCAAACAAGAACAACAGAUAAAGUUAAGAGACCACAAGAACAAAAGGAGAUCUUGAAUAUUUAUGAUGCAUUGACAUUCGGUGUCCAAUCAAUCGCCAUUUCCUUCCUCGAUAAGUAUGAUUCUAUUGACAUUGUUAAUGAUAUAUCGGUCAAUUUAUUCAAUAUUGAUAUAAACCCAUACUUACAGGAAGACGUUUCAAUUGCUAUUAUCAACUUUAUUCAAAAGGACAGAUGCAAGUUCCUUCUUGAAGAUCCUCGAUCCAACGUCAAGCAUGUGAUUACAAAGAUCAUCAGAACUCCUACUGCCUCGAAUAUCAAAAUCUUGUGCGAAAUCUCUCAAAUGGAAGAGAAGUAUCUUAAGAGCACUAGAAGAACAGACAUUCUUCUUUCUAGAGCCUUUGGUAAGAAUCCACCAACUGAAGAGCAUCUCAAGCUAAUGCAAAAUACUAAGUUCAAGGACUUCACUGAGAAACUGUUCAAUAUCAAUAAAGAUCUUACACAAGAUCUAAAGACAAAGAAUCCUGAUACUUAUGCAUUCCUUCUUUACCAAAAAGCUGAACACCUCAAGGCAUCCCCCGAUAUUCAGAUCGAGAUUCUUCUCCAACUUCAUGCUCACCAAUUAUCGGUUUCAUACAACAGUGAAGCUGUUAUGGCGCAACUCACAGCUGCUGCCAUUGUUGCAGAAUACAUGUAUCACUUCAAGAAGAUCCCUGAGGAAUUCUUUAGAUCCAACCAUCCAGCCGCCAAGUUUGCAAAUCCAUGCCCUGUUGCAAUCAAGUACUGCGUUGACGAUAAUGAAAUCAACUCCUUACCAGUACUUAGAGGAUACUGCACCUCUAAGUAUUUCACUGAAUUUGGCUUAAUCUAUCUCAUUCAAACUGCUAUGGAAACAUGCAAACAAGUUUCUCUCUUUGAAUUGAGUACCCGUAUCCACUCACUUCUAUCUCCUAUUGCUCAAUUCAGAUCAUUAUGGAGAGUUCUCCAGAACCACUACAGCACAGGUCAAAUUUCAUGGAGAAUUGCUGCCAACAUGUCAACAUCCAAUGAUAGAAACCUAGGUGCAUACUAUAAAGUCGAAUAUCCUGAUCAUGAGAUCUUCAUUUAUAGAGAAACAAAUCUUACAAAUCUUUGGGCAGUAUGCAGCAAGUUGCAAAAAGCCUCAGCAUAUUAUGCUAAAGGAAAGGAAGUUGUAACAAUCACUGAAGGAACUGAACUUAAUACUGAGAAAAAUAAUGAUCCAACCAAAUACUUUAUUCAUGUGAAGCACCUAACUCAAUACUUCACCCCAGAAGAAAGACAAAAGAGAAUGACUGCAUUUGAGCAAAAUCACAACGUUUCAAGAUUUUACUUCGAUGUUCCAUUUUCAAAGAACUCUCAAUCAGGUUUAGAACACUGUUCCUUGAAGAGAACAAUUAUCACACUACAAGAUCCACUUCCUUUCUUAGUUGCAAGAGUUAAGCCGAAGUCUAUCGAAACGAUCAUCUUCUCACCAAUUGAGUACGCUGUCCAGAAUAUGCAGGGUCAGGUAUCUAAGAUCAAGGAAGCCGCAAAUCGUGUCAAGAGCGAAUUGAAAGAUCUUGCUGCAAAAGAAGCACUUCAUAAAAAGAAGAUUAACAUUGAUCAGAAUACAAUUCCUUCAUUCAAAGAAUUACAGCCUUUGAUUCAAGGAUCAUUGCUUGUUCAAGUUAACGAGGGUCCAGAAAAAAUGGCUGCUAUUUUCUUGAAUACUCAAUCCACUGAUCCAACAAUCGCUGUUCAUCAAGAAAAACUUCGACAAAUCUUCAGAGAAUUUUUAGAAGCAAAUGAUGAAGCUGUUCAAAUUCAUGGCGAAAUGGUCGUCAAGCUUCCAAUUUACUCUGUCCUUCAAGAAGAACUUGUACUUGGUCUAUCUAAAUUGACCUCAAAUCUUCAACAAUACCUCAAAUAA